UUUUGUUGUAAAUAUUGCGGCGCCGAUUUCAACGAUUUAUAUGUACGAAACACUUGCGCAUCUAUCAUGUUUAAGCUAAUUCCUAGAUAACUGGACUCGCCAUACUAAUGGAUAAACAGAUAAUUUUUCGAGUUAUUUGUCGUUGUAUCAAAAAUGACAUUAUUGACACUUGUAGGAAGUGGAAUUUUCUCUCUGACGGAUCUUUGCAGCAGCUGAAUCUCAAGAAACCAAAAAUUCGGAUUGCAGAGGAUGUGUACGAAAGUUGUCAAGAAGAAGAUGUUGACAUUGAGGCUGCUGGAGAUCUUGAUCUUAUCUACAGCCAGAUCCAUUCAGAGGGCAGAAAAUGGAAUGUUUGUGAACUCCGAGGUCAAGACAAGGACCAUUUCAUCUCCAAUCCAAAGACUUUCAGGAAGCUGAUAAUGUCCAAAAUGAAACUGUAUUUCGAUGAAGUGCAUGUGAAUGUGAACAUGUUUGGUGGUGCCCUCUGGAGUCGAGUUCACAUCGUAGACAUGAAGCACCCUACAGUGUACAAGCCCAACGACGUUGUCUACAUGGUGCACUACCCCAAGACACAGUAUGUCGUCCUCUCCCGGAUAAAGGCCAAAGAUGAAGACAACUUUAUUGAGGCCCUGCUACCAGUGUUCAAGACAGACGAGGUUCACAGUCUCCAGCUGGUGGGAAGUCACGUCUCAUCCUUGGUAGAACUGGCUCUCAACAAGCACAGCCAGGUAAGGGAUCAUUUGGAAAGUACAGGAGCAUUGAGGAGAGGGAAAAUCCGCUUACAAGAAAAUCUCACAGAAAACGUAAAGCAUCAUCUGAACCUGAAAAAGAAUUUAACAAGCGACUCCCGAGAUGAGAAUGAAGACGAGAAGAAACAGCGGACUGAGUCGCUUGACCACACGUUCGGGACAGCUGACCAGCCAACCCUGGAGAAGCUAGAGUACAAGAUGGAUGUAAAAUUUCGGGGAACUAAACUUGUGCCCAUGAUGGCCAACAAGGAUGGACCGUUUCGCUGCCGCAUCAAGUUCGAAGGGCCAUCAGUGCUGGAGGGCAUCCGGAACCUGGGCAAGGCUGGCCUAGCCUCACUGCCACUGCCGUCGCAUCUCGCCAAGGUCAACUCACUGGCCAAAAACUUCUUUGUUAUUCGGGACAAGUCUGCAAUGAAUAAAAGCCAAACUUGAACUACUGUGUGGUUGUAAUAAUGGAAAAAUCUUAAUAACAUUGUCAUUUGUUGUGUCAAGUACUAUUUUGUGUUCAACAAGGUGAAACUGAUAGAUGUAUUAGAUUCUAAUGUAUGAUUAUGAUAAUGAAUAUGACAAUAGUAUUUUUGUAAACAUCAACAUGUAGUAGACUAAUUUAAUCAAAAUUCAGUCUUAAACUUGUUCACAAUGAUGUGUAACUUUACUAUUUUGUUCUUUGUGUCAAAAGUGGUUAGAAAGUAGGUUACUAGAAACUCUUGUUUAUAAAAAUUCUUUGUCCAUUUGAAAAUAAAAUUGUUUGUUUAAAAAACAAAUGUUCAUAAGGAUUCCUUCAUGUAAAUUUGUUUUUACAUCCUGAUUUGGUUUUAUCUACAAUGUAGAUUUUAUCAAAUUGCAAAAGACAUGCUUGAUUUUACAUCUAAUGCCCUAAAGAGGAUUGUGAAAAGAAAAUUAUUUGGUUUCCUGUCUCACGUAAGGUAUUUUAACUUAUGCUUCUUGCUACCUGGCGUAGAUCUUUGUUCUGUAAGGAACAAUAUUUUAUCUUGAAAUUUUAAGUUUAAAAUUGAAUUUAGCAAUUCAACCUGAUUUUUUAAAUUGUUCUUGCUUGCUGUUGCCUCCAACUGGCUACAAUGUGGGCAGAUAAUAAAUGAUGUAUCAGAUGUUUUGUUUUGUUGAGUGUAUGUUUUGUUAAUAUGGAAUAAACAUUCUAAACAAAU